UGUGUACUUAAUGUCAUGCUGAAUAGGGCAGUGUGCAGAACUGCAUGAAGAUAAUGCCAUCUGAAGAUGUUUAAUAACUGAUAAAAUUUUUGGGGUUAUAACUGCUAGCCCAGUUUGGAUUUCAUUCAUCGGUGCACAUGAGUGCGUACAGGGUGCAGCAACUCAAGGGUCAUAUUCUGCCCGAAGACAAGAUCACAGCAAUGGCAGGCUCACCUAGUCCUCUGACCACCCAUGUGCUGAACACUGCGAUGGGUGUCCCGGGUUCAAACAUGGCCCUCAGUCUCCAUCGACAAGACCCCUCCACUAAUGGCUGGAGUUUGAUAACCACUGGGACCACGAAUGCUGAUGGACGCUGCCCAGGACUCAUCACAAGACAAAUGUUUACAUCUGGUGUGUACAGAAUGCGUUUUGAGACUGGUCAAUACUGGGAGAGUUUGGGAGAGGCCUGCUUUUACCCGUAUGUUGAGAUUAUCUUCACUAUAAACAACCCUGGCCAAAAGUACCAUGUCCCUCUGCUCCUAAGUCGUUUCUCUUAUAGUACAUACAGAGGGAGCUAAGGAUCAACAUGACGAACAUGCUGAGACUACCUCCAUCUAUCAGCUGACAGACACAUCACAGGCAGAGGCAACCCCGCCAAGAGCGUUCAUCCCAGCACCACCAUGACUGUCACAACUGUUAACAUUACGGUCCAUCUGAAUGAUUCCACCAUGGGCAAGGACGUUAUGAUCAAUACAACUUUUUUUGCAAUUAAACAAACCACAUUAAUCAUACAUUAUCUUUAACCUCAGGCUGGAUAAUACAUUGAUAUUAUAUGGAUGUUGUUAUAUGAGAAUAGAUAUUGUCUUAUAUUUUGGAUAUCAUAACAUUGUAAGUUUUUUCUUUUUUUCUGGUUUUAAAGGCUGCAUUACAAUAGACUGAUGUCAUUUUCUGAACUUACCUUGCUUAACACACUUUCUUAUUAUAUCCACAUUACUAAUGAUUAUUUAUCAAGAAUGUCAUUGAUAUUUGAUUUUCUCCAAAGUGCCCAACUCUAAUUUAACCAAUCUGCAGUUUAUAAGACAUACAAUGUAUUAAUUAACCUAUAAAAUAAAGUGUGUACUGUCAAGUAUGUCUUUUUGUUCUUUUGUCAACAUCAAUAGGCUAUGAGCCUGUCUGCGAGUCUUUUUUUUUUUUCAAAAUAUCAGCACUGUCUGUACUUUAUACUAAAUGUUACUGACUAAAAAUCACAUUAUGUGUGAGC